AUUGUUGUGUCGCAAUAUUAGAAGACCUUUUUCUCGAUAUUUUAUUCAGCACGUGAGUUCAAAAUGCUUGGUUCAGUGUUGGUUGUAUUUGACUCCCACCGCUUUGUUGGCUAAGUUUGAACUGUGUCUCUCAAGCACCGUGACGAACAUGAGGAGCAGAAGUAAUUCUAGUGUGAGGCUCGACUAUUAUCAGCGGCUGAUAUGUAAAACCAUUCUGAACUUUCAAGACCCUGUCACCGGCAUGAUCCCGAGUCAGAAGUACGACAAUCAUGCGUGGGUUCGAGAUAACGUCUACAGCAUUUUGUCUGUCUGGGCUCUUUCAAUGGCAUACAAGAAAAAUGCUGAACUCGAUGAAGACCGGGCUAAGACAUACGAGUUGGAACAAAGUUGUGUAAAGCUAAUGCGGGGUCUGCUCAUUGCGAUGAUGAAACAGAAGGAUAAAAUAGAGAAAUUUAAAGAAAGCCCCAGCCCGAGCGACUGUUUGCAUGCAAAGUACAACUCUGUAACAGGAGACAUCUGCGUUGGAGACAACGAGUGGGGCCAUCUGCAGAUCGAUGCCACAUCUUUAUAUUUAUUAGUUCUUGCGCAGAUGACAGCGUCUGGAAUACAGAUAGUCUUCAACCUGGACGAAGUAGCAUUCGUUCAGAAUCUAGUGUUUUAUAUAGAAUCUGCAUAUUGCAUCCCGGACUAUGGCAUUUGGGAACGUGGUGACAAAACCAACCAUGGGUUACCUGAACUAAAUGGAAGCUCCAUCGGAGCAGCAAAAGCUGCACUCGAAGCUAUGAAUGAACUGGACCUAUUUGGAGGCAGAGGAGGGCCAUCAUCUGUUAUUCAUGUACUUGCAGAUGAAGCACAGAAAUGUGAUGCAGUCUUGCAUUCAAUGCUCCCUCGAGAGUCAAAUUCUAAAGAAGUCGAUGCUGCUUUGAUGACUGUCAUAGGGUUCCCAGCGUUUGCUGUCACGGAUCCUGACCUUAUCGAACUUACAAGGUCAACUAUUGUUGAGAAGCUGCAGGGACAGUAUGGGUGCAAGCGUUUUCUAAGGGAUGGUUACAAAACAGCAAAAGAAGACUCAAAUAGGCUGUAUUAUGAACCAUGGGAGUUGCAAGUUUUUGAAAACAUUGAGUGUGAAUGGCCAAUCUUCUUUUGUUAUAUGGUGAUUGAUGCUUGCUUUCGUGGUGAUCGUAAUACUGUUGACGAGUAUAUGGAGAUGCUUGAUAGGAUUGUUAUUAAGACAGACGAAGGGUUGAAGUAUGUGCCGGAGAUGUACGCCGUACCAGAUGACAAAGUGGAGCUGGAGUAUGAAUCACCACACAGUCAAGUGCGUGUACCAAUUGGACAGAUACCAUUUAUGUGGGCUCAGUCUCUCUAUGUGAUAGGCAAACUACUGCAUGACGGAUUAAUUGCACCCGGUGAGCUUGAUCCUCUGAAUAGGCGUCUGGGCUCGCAGAAGAAGCCAGAUGUUGUAGUCCAAGUUGUGUUGCUGGCUGAAGACAGUGAUGUGCAGGAAAAAUUGAUGAGUUUGUCCACAGAAAUUCAAACUAUUGCUGAAGUUUCACCGAUAGAAGUGCAACCUGCAAGAGUAUUGGGCAACAUCUAUUCCUACCUUGGAUACAGCAAGAAGAUGGGUCUGUCUGGUCGUUUCUCAAAGGACGUUGGACUUCUUAGUACCAGCAAACUGUACACUCUUCAAGAUCGAAUUUUUGCAUUCACACCACAGAACUUAGACAGUGAGGAGUUUCAUCUAGUCAAUGACAUUGACCUCUUUGCAAGUACCCUGCGAUCAGACGUUGCAGUGCUCAGGUCCAACUGGAACAUGCUCGGACGUCCUACCAUGGUUGUGAUUAUUCAUGCGAAGCAACUAGAAAUGGGUAAGGUGCCCAUGGCAUUAAAGACUGCAAUAAAAAAACUCAAGAGUGGCUACAUUCAUGGCACUAGAGUCACCUUGGGUACAUUGAAUGACUUCUUGAGUACGUCUUGCGUUGCAAGCUUGAGCUUCCUCAACAAUCAGGAAGAGGGGGAUCCGGACAGCCUGCAUGCACAAGUGAGGGACUAUCUCGACAAAGAAAUGAGAAGAGCCUACCUUAACAGGCCAGGAGCGCUUUCCAAGAUGGUUCCACUAAAGUCGGGGCUGCCCAGCAGUCGUUCCCGUAAAUCAGGCAUUGCAGGGAUGAUCCGUAGGUCUCGAUCGUUUCAGCUGGACAGCACCGAUCACGAUAGCCCGUAUCUCAGCGCCAACGUCUCUGCUGUUACAUCGCGGAGAAAUUCCUCCUCAGACGACGAGUUUGAUGGAGCUCCCAUACGUGCUGUAUCCGAGCUACAACUGGAUCAUGUUACAGAGUGGGAGUUACUGACCACAUUCAAGGAGACGGAGUCAUUGGAAGAGCAAGGUGACAUCCUACAUUAUUUAGCAACACACAAGGGGCUCACGUGGGACACUGGCUUGGGGCAACCACAUUCCAUUGUGACAGUGAAAGAUCUCUUUCAGGACUUCUAUGAGAGGGCAUGCCAGGAGAAGAAGUGGGGAUUGGUUCGACACUUUGCUGGAUCUCUCGGCAAGAGAGUGGAAGACCUGGCAAAAUCCAUGACCGAUCUCUUGGUCAGGCAGAAGCAGGUAACCGUUGGCAUGCCUCCGCAGAACGAGUACACCAUUACUCGACCCCUUUCUACAAAAGAGCUGCGGACCAUAAUCAACCGGGCCCACAGGGGUGACCAGAGCACAGCCAUGCUCACCCAGGAAAUAGUUGUUUAUCUUGGAAUGUUCAUCCACACAGAGCCCGAGCUUUUUCAUGAAAUGCUACGCCUUCGUGUAGGAUUGAUCAUACAAGUCAUGGCUUCUGAACUGGCACGCUCAAUUCAAUGUCCAGCGGAAGAUGCCACCGAUAUUCUGCUCGGACUCAGUCCAUUCGAGAUGAAGACUCUCCUCCGCAACAUUCUGAGUGGGCAAGAAUUCACCGUGAAAAAUAUGGAGUCUGGGAUUGUCUCGGUUUCAUCGAGUUUCGUGAGUAAAAGGAGUGCAGCCGAUACCUUCCUCAAAAGCGAAUCGGAGGACGAGGACACUUUGGUAACCGUUGAGAAGCAAGGGCAGUGGAUACGUAGGCGACGGCUAGAUGGUGCUCUCAACAGAGUGCCCAUGGGCUUUUACCCACGUGUUUGGUCAAUCCUUGAGCGUUGCCAGGGGCUUUCGAUAGAGGGGCGUACACUCUUGCAGACGCUAACCAAAGAAAUGACACCUGGGGAGCUAAAGUUUGCCCUCCAGGUGGAGCAAGUCCUUAAUUGCAUUCCUGAACCGGAGUACCGUCAACUCAUUGUGGAGGCCAUCAUGGUUCUGAGUCUGGCCGUGGAACACGAUGCUGUCUCUACAUUUGGGGGCUUCAUGAACAUUGAGAGCCUCGUACAAAUGGCAAACACCCUAUUCUUAGAAGAUCAAAAGGAGCUGUGUGGGAAUGCGACACUCUGCUGUGCGGCCACAAAAGCGACAGUCCCGUGCAGGCCUACGGCCAACAUUUGCCAACAUUUCUAUGAUAGUGCACCGAGUGGAUGUUAUGGAACCAUGACUUACCUGGUUCGUGCUGUUGCAAGUUCUCUGCAUGACAUUCCACAACAUGAACUGGACUGUACUAUGUCAUGAUCUAACUUUUUUAGUUUGCUCAAUGUGAUAGGUAUGUUCAAAUUACUCGAGAUGUCGUCAGAGCUGUACGUGUCUGCAUUCAACUUGGUAAAGAUAAAGCAUGCAGUCCUAACACGGCCUUAAGCCCGUAAUGAGGUG